AUGAGCGACCCUUCCCUUCUCGCACCGCGCUUUGCUGCCCUCGGCCUGGGCGAAAAGCCCCUCCAGGAAGCGCUCAAGAACAAGAAGGUCUCCACAGCAUGGGAUGAGAUUCUCACCGAAGCUGGGAUCGAGGCCACUACCACUGGCGUGGAUCCCAAAGCCGCCAGCGCCUUCGCAGCGCUAGUUACCGCCACAAAGGACGCGGGCUCACUGGGUGGGAAGCGGGCCUACGUAGCGAAAGCGAUCAAGGACGGCAAGAUCAAGAGCAACGUGCAGGUGGAUGCGGCUGUCAAGUACAUCAAAGCCUGCAAAGGAGAUAUAGAUGAUGCGGCGUUCGACAAGGAGUGUGGUGUUGGGAUUGAGUUUACGCCAGAGGGAAUUGCUGCUGCUGUGGCAGAGUACAUGGAGGCGAACAAGGAAAUGAUACUGGAACAGCGAUAUAAGGCCAUGACACCGGUGCUGGUCAAUUUGAAGACCCAGACAGCGCUGAAAUGGGCACCCCCGGCAGAGGUCAAGAAGGAAAUGGACGUCCAGCUCGUGAAUCUCCUGGGGCCCAAGGACGAGCGAGAUGCGCCACCAAAGAAGCAGCCCAAAGCUGCUCCAGAGGCAAAGGGAAAGAAAGUAGAGGUCAAGAAAGAUGAGGAGAUCAGCAAGGACAGGAUGUUUGAGGAAGGUUUCCUUGCAGCUCUCCACAAGCCCGGCGGAAACGAGCAGAUUAUCCCCGCAAACAUGGAAGCCCACCUGAAAGCUACAGGAGGAAAAGUCUUUACACGUUUCCCCCCAGAGCCCAACGGUUAUCUACACAUUGGACACUCCAAAGCCAUUGCCGUAAACUUUGGUUUCGCGCGCUACCACGGCGGCGAAUGCUACCUCCGCUACGACGACACCAACCCCACCGCCGAGGAAGAAAAGUACUUCACCGCCAUCCUCGAAAUCGUCGAAUGGCUCGGCUUCAAGCCCUACCAGAUCACCUACGCCUCUGACAACUUUGACAAGCUCUACGAGCUCGCCGAAGACCUGAUCAAGCGCGGUUACGGCUACAUCUGCCACUGCUCCGGCGAAGAAGUCAACGCCCAGCGCGGUGGCAAAGACCGCGGCCCCCGCUCCGAGUGCAUCCACCGCAACCGGCCCAUCGAAGAAAGCUUAGAUCUCUUCCGCCAGAUGCGCGACGGCAAGUUCAAACCGCAGGAAGCCCAGCUCCGAAUGAAGCAGGAUAUCCUCGGCUCCGGCAACCCGCAGAUGUGGGAUCUGACCGCCUACCGCGUGCUGGACGCCGAGCACCACCGCACCGGCGACAAAUGGAAGAUCUACCCCACCUACGACUUCACCCACUGCCUGUGCGAUAGCUUCGAGAACAUCUCCCACUCCCUCUGCACCACCGAGUUCAUCAACUCGCGCGAGUCCUACGACUGGCUCUGCAACGUGCUCGAGAUCUACCGUCCCCAGCAGCGCGAAUACGGCCGCCUCAACCUUACCGGUACUAUUAUGAGCAAGCGCAAGAUUGCACGCCUCGUCAACGAAGGCUACGUCCGCGGCUGGGACGACCCACGUCUGUACACCCUCGUCGCCAUCCGACGCCGCGGCGUGCCCCCCGGCGCAAUUCUCUCCUUCGUCAACGAGCUCGGCGUGACCACCGCACACUCCUUCGUGCAGAUCAAACGAUUCGAGCAGACCGUCCGCCGCUAUCUCGAAGACACCGUCCCCCGGCUCAUGAUGAUCACCGACCCCGUCCGCGUGGUGCUCGAAAACCUCCCCCACGACCACCUCGAAGAGAUCGACCUCCCCUUCAAACCCAGCGACGACUCAUUCGGCAGCCACCCCGUCCCCUUCACCCGCAUCCUCUACAUCGACCGCAGCGACUUCCGCGAGACCGACAGCAGCGACUACUUCCGCCUCGCGCCCGGUAAGAGCGUCGGCCUUCUCAAAGUCCCGCACACCAUCCGCGCCACGGCCUUCUCCAAGAACGCCUCCGGCGAGAUCAUCGAGAUCAUCUGCCACUACGAGAACGACAUCCCGUUCAAGAAGCCCAAGACAUACAUCCAGUGGGUUGCCGACUGCCCGUCAAAGGGUUCCCCCGUCCCGCUGGAGGCCCGCGUCACAAACCAGCUCUUCAACGAGCAGGUGUUCUCGAAGGCCAUCAUCGAGGUCGGCAUCCACGAGGUGCAGCGGCGCGCGCCGUGGCCCGAGCUCGAGGGUGAGAAGAACCAGAAGCAUCAUGGGCCUGAGACGGUGCGGUUCCAGGCGCUGCGGGUAGGGUACUUUGCGCUCGAUAGCGACUCGAAGGAGGGGGCGUUGGUGGUGAACCGUAUUGUGACGCUGAAGGAGGAUGCGGGGAAGAGUUCGUAG